CCAACUUGACCCUUCUACACAUGCUCACAGACUCAAUCACACACACAUACAAACAGGCACACACCUUCGCAGCCUCAGUGUGCUGGCCUGACUUACUACAAACAGGAAAGCGUCGCACACUCACACGGCUGUCUGCACUGCACUUGUUACAGAGAUGAUUGAAACUUGACCUGGAUUUCUGGCUGUGUAAAGAAUAACCUUCCCUGCUGGAGGCUUUCGACUCCAGAGCUGCCGGAUCCCAACACAGAGAGGGGAUUUAGGGGGUUUGCGCUGCACUGGCAGGAGUCCAGCGCCUCUACUAGAGCUGCUCGGAAGUAACAGUGGAAUACAAAAAAGAAAAAAACGGCGCCUGUUUACACAGACUCAUCACACCACGUCUUUCAUCCUCACCUCUUCUGGCUGCUCAUUAUUUGCAUCUUCACUCUUAUCCACAAGGGAACUUUUAUCCCUUUAACAGGACCCAUCAGCUCGUCUUGCCACCCAUUUAUCCAUCUCAUAAUGAACUCCUCUACCUCCAUUACAUCCUUAUUCUCCUUCACCAGCCCGGCAGUGAAGCGCCUGCUCGGCUGGAAACAAGGGGACGAGGAGGAGAAGUGGGCGGAAAAGGCCGUAGACUCUCUAGUGAAGAAACUGAAAAAGAAAAAGGGGGCAAUGGAAGAGCUGGAGAGAGCACUCAGCUGCCCCGGGCAGCCUAGUAAGUGUGUGACCAUUCCUCGGUCGCUGGACGGGAGGUUGCAGGUGUCCCACAGGAAGGGUCUGCCCCAUGUUAUCUACUGCAGGGUGUGGCGCUGGCCUGACUUGCAGUCCCACCAUGAGCUGAAAGCCCUCGAGUGCUGCGAGUUCCCCUUCGGCUCCAAGCAGAAGGACAUCUGUGUGAACCCUUACCACUACAGACGGGUGGGCAUGCGCUCACUUUUGCCACCAGUCCUUGUUCCACGCCACAGCGAGUUCAACCCUCAACACAGUUUACUGGCAAAGUUCAGAGGCGCCUCCCUUCUGGCGACUCAUGCCCCAGAGAGCAUCUACCCAGACUCCUUCCCUGCCCUUCCCUGCUCCUCCUUCUCCUCCUCUUCCGCUCCAUCGUCCCUCGCCCCAGUCUUCCCAGCUACUUGGAGAUUUAAUCCCAACAGCUCUGCAGAACUGGUGGUCCCUAUCAUCACAGGCACAGAGACUCUACCACCUCCAUUGAACAUGAUGGAGACAAAUCCCCAAGAGGACGUGAAGCCAAGCAACUCCACAGAGACCCCUAAACUCACAUUUUCUGCUCCGCACAGAGAUUUAAGGCCCGUUUGCUACGAGGAACCCGAGUACUGGUGCUCCAUAGCUUACUAUGAGCUCAACAACCGGGUGGGGGAGACUUUCCAUGCCUCAUCACGCAGCGUCCUGGUUGAUUGCUACGGCUUCACAGACCCGUCCAACAACAAGAACCGCUUCUGCCUGCUUUCCAACGUCAACCGCAACUCAACCAUCGAGCACACGCGCAGGCACAUAGGCAAAGGUUUGCACCUGUACUACGUGGGCGGCGAAGUGUAUGCAGAGUGUCUGAGUGACAGCAGCAUCUUUGUCCAGAGUCGCAACUGUAAUUUCCAGCACGGCUUCCACACCACCACCGUGUGCAAGAUUCCCAGCGGCUGCAGCCUCAAGAUCUUUAACAACCAGCUGUUUGCUCAGCUUCUCGCCCAGUCCGUUAACCACGGCUUCGAGGUCGUCUAUGAGCUCACCAAGAUGUGCACCAUCCGCAUGAGCUUCGUAAAGGGCUGGGGAGCUGAAUACCACCGUCAAGAUGUGACCAGCACCCCCUGCUGGAUUGAAGUGCAUCUGCAUGGGCCGCUGCAGUGGCUGGAUAAAGUCCUUACACAGAUGGGUUCCCCACACAACCCAAUUUCUUCAGUGUCGUAACAUGAACACAGACACACACCUUUUGUGUGUGUGCACGCGCGCUCUGUCCUGACAGGUAGUCACAGAUUCUGUACAUUUUUCUGUCCUACAUUUGACAUCUCAUGCAAAGUUACAAAGAUGCGUUACGCCUUUGUCACACGGCUAAAACAGACGUGAAGAUGAAUUUUAUUUAGCUGAAUUUACACCAAGCGUUCCUAAUUUCAGUAUGAUAACGCAGUUAGCCUCCUCCGUUUCCUCUGGGAUGCAUUAACUGCACAGGAAAAGUGGGAUAUAUUUGUAGGUACUUAAACUGUUAUACGUCCAAAGUGUUAUUGGCGUGGUAUGUACUGUAUUUAUGUGUCGACCAAUGUUUGACUUCAUGUUCUGGUUGCUUUUUACUUGUUACGUUAAGUUUUUCCUGUGAUUCCAGUUUUCCAAGGUUUGAAUUUCUGGUGUUUUUUUUUCUCAUUAA